UUGACGUUUGGUAAGUAUUAUCAAUAAAAGACGAGUGAACAUCGCGUUCAGUCUUCUUCGGCACGUUACGGCCGGUGGAAAUGUAUUUCUGAACCGUACGCUACAGAAAUGGAUUUUAAGUCGAUUUGCGUUGCUACCGUAGCAGUGGUUGCUAUUUUUUCGACGGCGUUUGGCCACGAUGCCGGCGAGGAAACCCGGCAAUUCGACGACAAAUGGGGCACGGCGAUCAAAGAAGAGUUUGACGGCAUGCCACUCCCUGAGACUUCGGAGUUACCGACUGCCACACAAGUUACACCUGCGAUUGUAAAAAUCGGAAAUCGUUACGGUGUCCCACACCCACAGCACUUGGGAAAGAAAAAACAUGGCUAUGGUAACAAGGACGACUACAUGGACCACAUGCUAGGCGCUUCGCUGAUGUCGGGCGGCGCGCUGAUAUCGCUGGGCGCCCUUGCCCUGGUGGUGAUGGCCAGCAAGGCGCUGCUGUUCGCGUUUGGCGCGAUCGCGUUGACGGGGCUGAGCGCGGGCUGGAUGGGCGGCCACGGCCCGGCCAAGGGCGGCGGCGGCGGUGCCGUGUACGAGGUGGUGGCCAAGCCUCAGGUCACGCACGGCCACAGCUACUCGUCCGAGGUGCACCACGAGCCGUACACGCCGCAGCUGUACCCGAACGAUUACAGCGGAUACGGUUACGGCGGAGGCGGCGCGGCCGGUUACGGCGGAACAUACGCGUACCCGUGAGCACGCCGACCAGUGCGCGGCCGGCCGAUACAGCCGGGUCUCGCGCAAAGUAGUUAAUUAAUAACGAUAGUAAUAAUAAUAAUAAUAACGACGCGAUGUACAUAUUAGUUAUAUUAGUAGUUGUGUUAAGAACCGGGCGUAGUAGAGCGGUGUUGCAGUGCAGAAGAGCUGGCCACGUGCGGAGGUCUUAUGGUGUUAAAACGAAAACCAUAUGGGAAAAGACCACUGACUGGAAACGAACCGAAAAACAAAGGUGAAUGGACAAAGCGAAAAAGGAUUUGGCGGAAAUUCGGAUACGAGACGGAGAAACAGUAGCACGGGAUGGACCUCGUCGGCCUUCAAAAACAAAAAAAAAAAAAACCGAAGAAGAAUAA